AUGUUUAAAUUCGUUGUUAUCUCAUCAAUCCUUCUCUCGGUUGUUCUUGUCGUUCAAUGCUUGCCAAAUGAUCUCUUCAUUAAGAUCAGAUGUUUAAAAACGCAAUCAGCAUGUAAACUAUCAAAGGAGUGCUGCAGUGGCUUAUGUUGUGAUGAAAAGUGUACUGAAAGACCAUGUCGACAAGCAAAUGAAAUAUGUAAUAAUUCGACCGAUAUUUGCUGUUCGGGACAAAUUUGCCGUGUAAGUUCGAAAACAUGCUGUUACUCAGCAAAUCAAACGGUUGGAUCACCAUCAGAGUGUUGUGUUCAACCGGCCAAGGCAAAUGGACACGAAUUUAUCUGCCCAUGUAGUGGACACGCUCAGCCUUGCCUUAAAAAUGAAGACUGUUGUUUUCCAACUAUGCAAUGUUCAUUUGCGUAUCCUCAGUUUGGACCCAUUUGUUUAUAA